AUGGACAGCCUGUACGAGGUGGUGCAGAGCUCCAGCGACGGCCCACCACAGCCUGUCCCAAGCCGCUCCUCCAGCCGCUCCUGCAGCCGCUCCUGCAGCCCGGCAGUCUUGCUGGAUGAUGGCACAAAGUGGCGAGGCUCUGGAAGAUCUAUAUCCAUGGAGAUGCCUCAGACGCAGAGAGCCAACUCGAACAAGAAGAAAAGAAGAACACAUGUAUCCAAAUCUGCAUCAGAUAAUGAAACACUAGAUAACCCCGGCUGUAAUACUGCAGUGUGGCAGCAUGCCAGGAGCAGAGCAGAUUUAGUUCACAUCACCAACAAUCACAAUGAAGAGAUGCGAAAGACGAAACACAGGACAGAAACCAGAGGUGGGAAAGGAAGCCAUCAUUCUGGCACCAAGAAAAAGGAGAAACUGACCUCAAGCCAGAGUGUCCAUGCCAAUGGAGUGGCAACAGAGUCCAAAGCUGCUGUCAGGAGAAACCCCAAAAACAACAAGAAAGCAGGCGGGAAAAGUGGGAAAGAAGGGACAAAGAAAACAAACAGCUCCAGAGUGUGCUCCCCACCUGGCAUGAUGAGCCCACAGAUGGGACACCACUUUCCCGAAGUGCCGUACAGAUCAGACAGGAGGCCCUACCCGGGUAAAUUCUCCACCCUCCCCUCUCAGGAGAACGCAACCCCGGGGCGAUGCCCCGACAUGGCCAGCCUUCCCGGUGGAGCGACCCCCACCCACCACCAGCGCUGGAGUAACCCUGCUGACAGCAGUCUAGCCUGGGGGACCGUACAGCACACCUGCCGCAGGCCUCUCACAGAGUAUCGCGUGUACUCCCAUGACUUCAUCACGGCACACGUGAAGGAGUGGGAAGGAAGACAGGAGCAGCGGCAGGCAGUGGUCCAGGAUGGCAGCUUGAAGCAGGACUGUAAACCUGAGAUUCCCCCAAGGGUGCCCCGAUCUAUCACUGAUGUGGACCUGUCAGAACCAAAUGUAAGUUUAAUGCUGAUGGCCACACAGUACUGA